GUCAGCCAUUCUUUUGGGUUUGGUCUGAUGGACGCAGCAGCCAUGGUGUCCCUUGCACGGAACUGGACCUCCGUCCCAGCCCAGCACAUUUGUGAGAUACGCUCACCGGAUCACAACAGGUAAAGAUCUGAUCACAACAGGUAAAGAUCUGAUCACAACAGGUAAAGAUCUGAUCACAAAGGGUAAAGAUCUGAUCACAACAGGUAAAGAUCUGAUCACAACAGGUAAAGAUCUGAUCACAACAGGUAAAGAUCGGCCAUGGGGCAGGAGGGCUGCUUGUCUUAAUCUUUAACAAUUUCAUUUUGAAUGGUUGUCGGUCAGAUAAAAAGAAAUUAAGAAGAUUGUAUUGGGCUAUUCUGGGCCUAUCAAUAACAUUUAUUUUUAUUGUAAUGGGCUUUUGUUGGUCCUAUCCAUAAGAUAUUUUCUAUGCUCAGACCAAAGCAAUAUCAUUAUUAGAUCAGGCAAAUUGUUGGUCUGAUCUGUUUGUCUUGGGUUAUUGUUCCUGUCAUUAACAUACUUCCUAUGCACUAACCUGUCAUGUUUUCUUCUUUCUUAAAAAUAAAAUACAUUGUAUGCUUACUGGAACUGAACUAACUGCAAUUAAAGAGUUUUUCUCUAAUAAGAAUGGAGAAAUAUUUUUACAUUUAAUUAUAGCAAUGUCUAUUUAACCUUCUACAACUGCUGUGCCCCAAUCUGUGAACCCAUUCUGAAAUAUUAGAGAACAUUGACUUUUAACAUAAUCCAAAACAAAAUUCAUCCUGCAUUUGUUUCCUUCCAGUCGCACAAUUCCUAUGAAUGGUCGUGUGUCAGUGUUGCUCAAUACUGAUGGAUGUGAUGGCACCGUAAACCAUGUUAAAUACCUUGAGCAUGUGCAGGCUCGGAUUACGAUGACUUCCUCAAAGCGAGGUGAAAUUCGCAUCUUCCUGUCCUCCCCUUCGUUGACACGCUCCACCCUGCUGGCCAGACGCGGGAAGGACGUGUCACGGGAGGGCUUCAACAACUGGGCUUUCAUGACCACACACAACUGGGGAGAGGGCCCGAAGGGUGAUUGGACGCUUGAGAUUGAGAAUGGUAUCAGUUCUUGUGAGUAA